CCCCUACCCUGUUCUCCCUUCACCAACCAGGCACCCCCAGUUCCCCGCAAGGCCCUCCUGCCAUGUCGGACCCAGACGGCCCCAGGGGCCCUGAUGUACCCGCCAUGUGGCCCCCCUGUUCCAGGGGCGCCUGAGCCCCUUCGAAGAUCCACCACUGCCCCCCUGCCCACCUUGGCCUAGUCCUGAGCCCCAAGGACCAUGAGUGGGGGCAAGAAGAAGAGUAGUUUCCAAAUCACCAGCGUCACCACGGACUACGACGGCCCAGGGAGCCCAGGGGAUCCAGAUCCCCCUACCCCGCCGGCCCCCACCGGGCCCUCGCCCCGCCUGCCCAAUGGGGAGCCCAACCCUGAGCCGGGGGGCAAGGGCACCCCCCGGAAUGGCUCCCCGCCGCCUGGGGCCCCAGCCUCCCGUUUCCGGGUGGUGAAGCUGCCCCACGGCCUGGGAGAGCCUUAUCGCCGAGGCCGUUGGACGUGUGUGGAUGUUUACGAGAGAGACCUGGAGCCCCCUAGUUUUGGCAGGCUCCUGGAGGGAAUUCGAGGGGCCUCGGGGGGUACCGGGGGCAGAUCUUUGGAUUCCAGGUUGGAGCUGGCCAGCUUGGGCCUGGGCGCCCCUACCCCACAGCCAAGCCUGUCUCAGGGCCCCACCUCCUGGCUCCGCCCGCCUCCCACCUCCCCUGGACCUCAGGCCCGUUCCUUCACUGGGGGGCUGGGCCAGCUGGCGGUGCCUGGCAAGGCCAAGGGGGAGACACCCCCCAUGUCAGCCUCCCCACCGCAGCAGCACCCCCCAGAGCCUGGGACUGGGGAUAGCAUGGGGCCGCCCAGUGCCGCCACGCCCCUGCCCUCCCUGAGGGUGGAAGUGGAGGCUGGGGGCUCAGCAGCCGUGACCCCUCCACUGUCCCGAACGAAGGAUGGAGCCCUGCGGCUGAGGACGGAGUUGGUUCCUCCAGAGGAGAUGGGGCAGGUGCCCCCACUCGACUCUCGCCCCAGCUCCCCAGCCCUCUACUUCUUUCCUGAUGCCAGUCUGGUUCACAAGUCUUCAGACCCCUUUGGAGCAGCGGCAGCCCAGAGCCUCAGCUUGGCCCGCUCCAUGUUGGCCAUCAGUGGCCACCUGGACAGCGACGAUGAUAGUGGCUCCGGAAGCCUGGUUGGCAUUGACAACAAGAUCGAACAAGCCAUGGACUUGGUGAAGUCCCACCUCAUGUUUGCGGUCCGAGAGGAGGUGGAGGUGCUGAAGGAGCAGAUCCGGGACCUGGCCGAGCGGAAUGCCGCACUGGAGCAGGAGAAUGGACUGCUGCGUGCCCUGGCCAGCCCCGAGCAGCUGGCCCAGCUGCCCUCCUCGGGACUCCCACGGCUUGGGCCCCCGGCACCCAAUGGGCCCUCCGUCUGAGCCUCCCUUCCCUCACAAUGUGCCUUUGGGGGCUGCCACAGCUGCCAGGCCUUGUGCCAGCCGCUGCCCCCUUCCUAUGCAGCUUUAAUGCUCCCCGAUUCCCAGGAUGGGAGUUGAAGGCUCAGAAUUGGCCUGGCCCCCUACCCUUCCUCUAUCUCCCCAUAGUGCCCAGGGACUGGGCUGGGGCAUCCCCUGGCCUUGAUGGAGGGCCUCGGGACAGGAUGUUGGAUGGAGCCCCCUCCUUCCUCCUUGGGUGUCAGUGUUCUGGGACCCCCAGCAGCAGAUGGCUUGGGCGAGUUGGAGGCUCCCUGGCAGACACCCCAGCCCCACUCUGUUCCCUCGAAGUGCCCCCUCUCCUACUCCAGGCGAGGGAGUGUGGACAGUAUCUGGAAGUUCUGGGAUUCAGGUUGUUAUUAAAAUAAUUAUAAUUAAAAAAUCCGAAGAAACUUGAA